GCGGCGGCUCUGCGGCAGCAGAGGAAGUUAGUUUGCCUGGGACUGGCCUUUUAUUAGCGUCGGCGGCGGCUCCGGGCGCCUGCGAUGCGCUUGUCUCUGCCGGAGCCGACGCGCUCGGGGCGGGCGUGAGGCGCUAAGGACGGCCGGCACCGGGGGCUGCCCUCAUGGGGAGGCGCUCGGCCCAGCUGCGCAGCCCCCGAGCGCUCCCCGCCGCUUUCUUCUUCCUGCUGCCGCUGGUUCUGCACUGUGAUUCUUCCGCAAGCCUGCCCUUCUCCGCUCUGCUGGAGAGAUACUGUGAAGAAUGGUCCUCCCAUCACAAUUUGACAGGUCCCUACUGCAACGCCACCACCGAUCAGAUCGGGACCUGCUGGCCCAAGACCAGCGCCGGGGAGCUGGUGGAGAGACCUUGCCCCGAGUUUCUCAACGGAGUCAAGUACAACACCACGAGAAAUGUUUACCGAGAAUGCAUGGGGAACGGGACCUGGGCCUCCAAGGCCAAUUACUCCCAGUGUGAGCCGAUUCUGGUUGAAGAGACGAAGCCUGCUCUCUAUUACCAGGUUGCCAUGAUCAUAAACUACCUGGGACACUGCAUUUCUGUAGCGGCGCUCAUCAUCGCCUUCCUGCUCUUCCUGUGCUUGAGGAGCAUCCGAUGCCUUCGGAAUAUUAUCCACUGGAAUCUGAUCACCACGUUCAUCCUGAGGAAUGUGAUGUGGUUCUUGCUGCAGAUGAUAGAUCACGACAUCCACGAAAACAAUGAGCUGUGGUGCCGGUGCAUCACAGCCAUCUUCAACUACUUUGUGGUGACCAAUUUCUUUUGGAUGUUUGUGGAAGGCUGCUACCUGCACACGGCCAUCGUCAUGACCUACUCGACAGACAAGCUGAGGAAGUGGGUUUUCCUCUUCAUCGGAUGGUGUAUUCCUUGUCCAAUUAUUAUCGCCUGGGCUGUCUGCAAGCUGCAUUAUGAAAACGAGCAGUGCUGGUUUGGAAAGGAAUCGGGGAAGUAUAUAGACUACAUCUACCAAGGACCAGUGAUUCUUGUCUUGCUGAUAAAUUUUGUUUUCCUGUUUAACAUAGUUAGGAUUCUAAUGACAAAGCUGAGAGCGUCGACGACUUCAGAAACAAUACAGUACAGGAAGGCCGUCAAAGCAACAUUAGUUCUUCUGCCUCUUCUGGGUAUUACCUACAUGCUUUUCUUCGUCAACCCUGGGGAAGAUGAUAUCUCCCAGAUAUUUUUCAUCUACUUCAACUCCUUCUUGCAGUCUUUUCAGGGCUUUUUUGUGUCUGUGUUUUACUGCUUCUUGAAUGGAGAGGUACGUUCUGCAGCCCGGAAGAGAUGGCACCGCUGGCAAGACCACCACUCCCUUCGAGUCCGCGUGGCUCGAGCCAUGUCCAUCCCAACCUCUCCGACAAGGAUUAGUUUUCACAGUAUAAAGCAGACGGCUGCCGUGUGACAAGCCCCAGCCAACCACCAGCUGACUAUGGAGUUUUGUUCUCUUUCCUCCUCCUCAUUCCCACACCAGAAAAAUACUCUUUCUCCCUGUGUUCUUUUUUCUCUUUUUAACCCCUUGGUUGUCACAUUUCCUCCUCGUCCAUGUGGUAGAGUAAUAAAAUUAUAUAUUUGGAAGGGACCCUGAGGGUCAUCUAGUCCAACCCCCUGCAAUGCAGGAAUCGCAGCUAAAGCGUCCAUGACAGAUGGCCACCCAACCAUUGCUUAAAAAGGAAGGAGAGUCCACAACCUUCGGAGGGAGUGCCACAGCCCUUACUGUGUUCUCCAUUUAUUGCUUUCCCACACUCUCCCCUCCAGAAAUCCCCUACGCUUUGAAAACCCAAAUAGGAGAACUGCAACCAUAAUAAUAAUAAUAAUUUAUUAUUUAUACCCCGCCCAUCUGGCUGGGUUUCCCCAGCCACUCUGGGCGGCUUCCAACAGAAUAUUAAAAUACAAUAGUCUGUUAAACAUUAAAAGUUUCCCUAAACAGGGCUGCCUUCAGAUGUCUUCUAAAAGUCUGGUAGUUGUUUUUCUCUUUGACAUCUGGUGGGAGGGUGUUCCACAGGGCAGGUGCCACUCCCAAGAAGGCCCUCUGCCUGGUUCCCUGUAACUUGGCUUCCCGCAGUGAGGGAACCGCCAGAAGGUCCUCAGAGCUGGACCUCAGUGUCCGGGCAGAACGAUGGGGGUGGAGACACUCCUUCAGGUAUACUGGGCCAAGGCCGUCAUGGGGUAUCUCUGGACGGGCCCAUACAACCCCACUGUAACAGGGAACCUACCCUCAUUUCAGGGAGACCCUGAACUUCUGUUUGCUGGGGAUCCUGCUAAAUGAAGGGAUCAUAUGCGAGAGACCAUUGCCUUUCGAAAACUAACAAGCCAAUCCUAUGCAAGUUUACUCAGCUUUAAAUCCCGAGUGAGUCUGCCGCCUUAUUUAUUUUAUUUAUAAAGCAAAAGUGGCUGCAGGAAUCGUGGUUAGGAACAUGGGAAGCUGCCUGGCAUCAGUGCAGACCAAUGGUCCAUCUAGGACAGUAUUGUGUACACUGACCGGCCACGGCUGUCCAGGGUUUUGGAUUGGGGCCUCUCCUAGCCCUGCCUUGAUGCAAGGACCUCCUAAAGCAAAGCCUAUCUGCUCCCAGUGAGCUCUGGGCCUAAAGCCAAAGAAAUCUAAAGUUGGAAGAGACCCCAACGGUCAUCUAAACCAACUGCCCACCGUGCCAGAAUCACAGCUAAGGAAUCCCUACCAGGUGGUCUUUUGCCUACUAUUGAACAGUCUUGAGAUCCUAGUCUUGAAGCUCUGUGCCAAUUUUAUUUUAUUUUAAGGAUGCUGCGUUUGAGGAACAGCCCUCAACUUCUAACGUUGACGCACACAAACACGACCUCACAAUUCUGGCUGGUUUCAAGUUGUAAGAUCUGUGCUACUGGUCAGUAAUGGCACCUUAGGUCCACCUCUAAACGACUGCAGCUUUGACACAGCCACAUUCUACCCAUCAGGAACACUGGGGCCAAGCUACCAGAAGGAAAGUCACAUUUCCAGAGCUACACAAUACUGCGAUUGGAGGGCUGGGAUAUUGCAUCACCCACCCAAAAGAAGCCCCACCUAAAAGGCAGGGGUCCAGAACACACACACACACACACACACCCUAUUACCAGCAACUGUGCAAUUGUCCUGCAGAAAUAACCAUCUGGAAAUGUCUCAUCCUUCUCGGUAGCCUUACCUCUGCAUCCCCUUGCCACCUGUGUGGGUUGCAAAUCACAGCCCGAAGAAGGCGCUAGCCCUCAAGAAUUUCACGUUUGUCCAUUGGCCUUUCAUGUCCCUAUUUUCGUCAUUUGUGGAGCACCGGUAACCUGAAUGCAACGGCAACAAAAGAUCUAACCGCCUUGUGAUCGUCCUCUCCUAGGGGCCUGGAGGUGAAGCUCACUUAGCUUGGUGAUUUACCUGUUUCAAUGUCCAAGACAACACUCCCCUCCCCAAAAAAAGUGGAAAUGUGGGGAAUGGAGGGUUAGAAACUGCACACGGAUCUUCUCCACUGUUUUCAAGGUCUUGGGAGCAGAAUUUGCCUUCCGUGCUACAUACUGGCCCUGCUGGCAGACGAAGCUUUUAAAUGGACCGUCUCUGUAGUAUCUCUCUCUCUCUCUCUCUCUCUCUCUCUCUCUCUCUCUCAUUGUCUUUUUGUUCACCUCUCCUUCACCACUGAGCUUUGAAAGAGUGCUGACCAGCUCCUUCAGCUGCCUUUGCUUUUCCCUGGAAAGAGGACAACCGAGAGAUUUCUCAACUUCUUCUGAGGGAGGCUCAGAAAUGAGCUGUUGCUUUUUUCUAAAGGGAAACACGAUACAAAGAUGAUGGUGACGAUGCAGCUGUGAGGCUUGCAUUGCAUCAAGAGUGUCUCGUCUGCAUUGGGGAAUGCAGUAGACAAUCCUCGGGGGCUUUUUAUGUCACACUGAUGAUAUGGUGUAAAUAUUUUCAAUAAUAAACACUUCUUCUGUUUUUGGGUU